AUGAAAGAUAUAAUGAAGGAAGUAGAAGGUGAAGUGAAGUUUUCAAUGGCGGAUUCGACGAUGAUGUUGCUUGUUCAACAAGCGAUGGACAAAGCGCACGAGAAGAUCAAAACCAAACACGGUCUUCUCCUCCGUCUAAACGCCAUUUCCAUUUUCUACGAGCUCGCUGUGCUACAGCUCGAGAGCUGUCUUAAUUUCGUCCGACAAGAGACCGAUAAGCUCGAGAGCAACCACGAGGAAGUGGUUCACGAUCUGAGAGAGAUCAAAGACAGGCUUCACCACCGUCUCUUGGAGACCGAACUGGCGAUUCUCGAGAAAGACAGGGAGUUGCUAGAGAGGUCUGAGAACGAAAAGAGCCUGAGAAACGUUUUGGAGAGUAAAGAAACAGAGUUGGUUCAUUUGCAAGAUCUUGAGAGAAACAGAAGUCAUAGUAAGAUUGGGGAUUUUAUCAAAGAAGAUGAGUUUUCUGAGCUGAAGAGCUCUGUUGAUCAACAAGUGAUGAAUCUCAGACAAAAGCUUGAGACAGAGUAUGAUGAAUUGGGAACAGAGGAUCCUUCAGGGGUCGAUAUCGAUGUCUUGAAAGGGACAAUGGAUCUCGCUUUCAACAAGAUGCAUCAUGCGAUAUUCUUGUCAGAAUUAGGUCCGAUUGAACAGAGUUGGAGAUGGUCGAUAGAGAGAGAUUCAAUGGCGUUACUGAUAAAAGGCUUCAUGAAUGGUUUAGAGGAGAAGAAGGAGAAGGUUAUGAUGGUUGUGAGAGAUUAUGAAUCAGGCUUUAAAGAUCAGGUCUGUUCCAUUCGUCGAGAGGUAGAGUCCUUAGAAUCUCAGAUUGAUCAGAUCAUCAUCAGUAAGUCAUCUCCUAGAUCAUGUGUAGAAACAGUAGCAACAACAUCUUCAUCUUCAUUAGAUUGUGAAAUCGCUCAUGAUGAUAAAGAAGGAGAAGGAGAGAAUGAAGAAGAAGAAGAUUCAAGCAAUUAUCCUGUUUCGAAGUUGAUAAAGAGUCAUGAAUCAAUCAUUAGGAGGAAAAGCGAAGAGCUUGCUCCUCCCAAAAUGGAGUCUGUUAAACGACAGAAGAGCUGCAACAAUACCUCUAGCUCCAAGCGAGCUAUUGAUGAUAUCGUUACAAGUCUUGAUAGUUUGAUGAGUCUUAACACUAAGCUAUUCCAACAUGUGUUUGGCAAUGAUGAUGAUAAAUAUGAUCAUGACCAAGAAGGGGUGGUAGUGGAUGAAAGUUUGGAUGAUGUUUGGAUGAAAAUGCAAAACAAUAGAACAGUAUAUUCAGACAAUGUGGUAGAGGAGAAAGAAGAUGCGGAGAUGCGUUUAAUGAUCUUGGAAGAUACUUACUUGACUCUUCUCAAAGGUAUAUUAACAGAUAAAAUCACAAACAUAAAAGAGGAAGAAGAAGAGACCGAGACUGAUGUAAAGAUGGAAUCCGGGUUUGAAUGUAUGAAUUGUUUAGAGAAAUUGAAAUGGGAGAAAGAUUUUGAGAUUCUGCAUGAAGAUGAAGAAUUCAGACAGGAAUUGGAUUGGAUUAUUGUAAGAGAGUUGCUAAGAGAAGUUUCAGAGACUGUGGAGACUCAUGAAAGGAAUGAAGCAAACAGUAAAAGGAUGAUUGGGGAAGAAGGAAACAGAGCUUGCUUGCAAAUUUCUCUACUCUUUGAUGAUUUUGAUUACAAGAUUCAAGAUAAGUUGAAGAUGUUAACUUCCAGGUUACAAGACUUGGAGAUAAAAAUUCAUUCAACGACGGAUUGCAUCGUGGAGUUAAGACGAAAAGAAUCAGUUUACAGAACAGCUUUCGUUCUUACGGCUGAGAAUCUCAGAAAGGCAGAAACUGAGGUUGAUCUUCUUGGGGAUCAAGUCGAUUCGCUAGCGAAGCUUCUCCAGAAAACACUUUGGACAUUUCAUCAACAUCCAUUGCUUCUCUGCAAUCACUCAGAUAUAGCAGAGAUUUCGAAGAUGAUCAAAAAAGAGUUAUCAUCCGAGGAUUGAAAAGCAGACUUAUUUUCUUGCGUGAAAUCCUUUUACAAAUUUUCAGAAUUGAUCAAACAUAAUUUAUAUUGAAA